AUGCACAAAGCCUCGCGGAUGGAUGGGGCCAGCUCCUCCCUGGACAUGCUCCAGUAUCUUACACACAGUCGGGUGGAUGCUGGCCUCGUCAACUGCAACGGCCACAACUCACUGCACAAGGCGGCCCAAUUCGGCUCACUUCCUGCCGCCAGAUUCCUCCUGGAUGCUGGGCUUCGAACCAGGGCAGCUGUGGCCCCAGAUCGGGACCGCAACGCCCCAUCCGCCCUGGCUUUUGCAGCCGGAUUCAGGGCGCUGGCGUCCGAGCUGCGCCACACUGAGGACUUGCUGUGGCUGACUCCCGCGCUUUAUGUCCAAGCGCCGGCAGGCGAGGGCUACCUUCAGACAGCAACCGUGGACGACCAUGCCACAGAUGGCGCGUCUCAGACUUAA